GAUAAUAUGGUCUGCCAGUUUUCUGAACUCCAAAAUUAGUACGUUUUUAGCUGCCGUCGAGAGUGGUGGUUGCGUUUGUGUUGCGGCGUGUUUUUGGUGUGUUUGUUAUAUUUUUUUAAACAUAAGCCUUGUGUAAAUGCCAGCAAUGUUAAAGGCGCAAAUGAAGAAACGCGACCAUUAAACGAAUUUUAAAAAAUUGCGGCUCCUACGAUACGCGAGUUCACGAAAAAGUUCUGCAAAGAAAAGGUGAUAAGCGCGCAAUUGGCCCUGCCUGUAUGUUUUUCCUCUUUUUUUGUAUUCGACGAAAUUUCUUGUUUUUGCUGAAAUUCCAAUGCAGGAAUAAUCCACGAAUCCACCCUAAAACAGCCAUCGAGCAAUAAUAAAACUGUGCAUAUAACAAAACAGAUAAGCGCGCAAAAUAGCAACAGCUGCAGUUGGAAGUGCAUGACUUAAAGAUACCCCGUAUUUUGAGUUAACAUAAAAGUGAAGAGGUGUACGAAAUAGUGAAACGCAACCAAAAGUGCUAAAAAAAAAAAAAUCAAUACAAAUAUAAACAUAAUAUAUAAAGUCAAACAUAUUUAAUAAGCCGCAUUUGUAAUAAAUUAAUUAAGAAAAUGGGCAAACUGCUGAGUCUGUUGUCACGCGACGAUUCAAAUUGUUGCGCCGCCAAAUCCUACGACGUUUUCCUAGACUUUGAGAACGCCGCGCCCACGGAUACGGAGCGGGAAGUGUACGAUGAAGUAGAGCGCGUGCUCAAGGAAUCGGAAAUCGUUUUAGAGGAGAUACAAAUCUAUAAGGGCGCCAACAAAGAAAUACGCGAAGCUAUCGCCGAUCCUUCGCCCGAGGUGCAGGGCAAAGCGUGGUCCGCCGUGCUGCCGCUGGUCAUAAAGCUGAAACGCUGCUACGAGCACUCCCUGGAGCUGGACAAAAUAGUGCCCAAGCUGCUGGGCCAAUUGGUUGGCGGCAAGCUGAAUCCGACGCAGCACCUGGAGACACAGCAGGCGCUGGUCAAGCAGCUGGCCGAGAUACUGGAAUUUGUGUUGAAAUUCGAUGAGUACAAGAUGAAAACGCCCGCCAUACAGAACGACUUCAGCUACUACAGGCGCAUUGUCAGUCGACAGCGCGUGGACUCCACGGAAAACAUGCUGGUCAGCACGGAGCUGGCGAAUCGUAUGUCGCUAUUCUAUGCGCAUGCCACGCCCAUGCUAAAGGUGCUCAGCGAGGCGACAUCCAAAUUUGUGAACGACAAUGCGGACGAUGUGCAAAAUACAACAGAAACUCUUGGUACAAUGGCCAAAGUGUGCCUGCGAAUGCUGGAGAAUCCUAAACUGCUGCAGCAGAUCGAACGGGAGGAGACGCAAAUGCUGGUGCUGCGCGUUAUGGUCGGACUGGUCAUACUCUACGAUCAUGUCCAUCCCGUGGGAGCGUUUGCGCGCGGAGCCCACGUGGACGUGAAGGGUUGUGUGCGGCUACUGCAGGCACAGCCGGCGAUAAAGGCGGAACCCCUGCUGAACGCCCUGCGCUACACGACGAAGCAUCUAAACGAGGAAAACACGCCGAAGAACAUACGCAAUAUGCUAGCCGCAUAAUGGCAGAGUCCGGCGUGGAGCAAGCCAAAUCGUUUUGUUUAUGUGUAAAAUUUGUAACGUUAACUUUGUUUAAAGAUUUAAACGGUUUUUAAUUUAUGUAAUUAAUAGGCUUCUACUACGAGUAUAUAUAUAUAUAGAAUUAUUAUGUUUAAAUUGUGUGAAUGUUGUGCAGAAAGGAGGCAGGCAGCAUUUAGUUUUAUUUAUACAUUUCCAAUAUUUGUCGUAUUAAUUUGUAAUCAUAUUUUGUUCUCUUGUUUGGCGCCUCCUUGUGAAGUAAACAUGCAAAUAUAUAUCAAAAACAACCAGAAACAAAACAAUAUUUAGUUCAUAAUCUAGCACUAAUAUUAAGUAAUGAACAAACCUA